CCCAGGGCAGAGUCGCAUGGAGACGGGGGCAGCCACAGCCUGAGCCAGGCGCCGAACCUUUUAUAGCGGACUCUGCUCUCCUCAAUUCUCAGUCAAAAUUGUUCUCACUUCUCUCACCCCCUGCAACAAUCGUUCAUCGCCCGAUCUCGUGCUUGCUGCGUCCUCGGACUCCUGCGUGGAAAUGGAAACCGCCGCCGUCGCCGCCUCCGCCGCCGGGCGCCGCAUCAUGGUGGCCGUGGACGAGGGCGAGGAGAGCCUGCACGCGCUCAACUGGUGCCUCGCCAACGUCGUCUCACCGGCGGGAGGCGACACGCUGGUGCUCGUCCAUGCCCGCCGCCCGCGCCCGGUCUACGCCGCCAUGGACAGCGCAGGGUACAUGAUGACCUCGGACGUGCUGGCGAGCGUCGAGAGGCACGCCAACGCCAUCUCGGCGGCGGCGGUCGACAAGGCCAAGCGCGUCUGCGCUGGCCACCCGCACGUCAAGGUGGAGACGAUGGUGGAGAGCGGGGACCCGCGGGACGUCAUCUGCGACGCCGCCGACAAGAUGGCGGCCGACCUGCUCGUCAUGGGCAGCCAUGGUUACGGCUUCAUCCAGAGGGCGUUCUUAGGCAGCGUCAGCAACCACUGCGCGCAGAACUGCAAAUGCCCGGUCCUCAUCGUCAAGAGGCCCAAGGAGUAGAAUUUUAUGCUGCAGCUUAGCCAAUGUGCAAUGGCGAGUGUCAGAUUGGCAUCAUAUAUGAUAUAUGUACAUAUUUCGCAUCUCAUUGCAUGGCAGUGUCUUUUGUAGUUCAACAACAUUAAUCCAAAGCACUAGUUUUCUGCUGGAAUAAGAUGUUCAGACAGAUUUUUUUGCCAAUUACUGUGUUGUGUAUAUAUCCUUGCAUUUGCAACUCUUGUUCAGAGAAAAGCAUCAUUCAUGUUCA